ACGAUGAGUUAAGGAAGAAAAUAGAAUACACAUCUCGGAAGACAAACAGAUCUGCACACAGGAAAGGUAAUUAGACAAUUUGAAGAAAAUGGCGUCUAACAAAAGUAAAAACUUGAAUAAUACUGCAAAACUAGCUUAUGCUGCACAACACCUGAUGCCAGCGGUUUUACAAGAACUUUUGCGCAUUAAUGAACCCUGUCACGUGAUAGUAGGUCAUGUGAGAAACGAUAGAAAUCUUUGGAGUAGUUUGUUCAAAACUGAAAGAGCCAUUAUUUUAAAGGCAGCUACAGAAGGUUAUACACAUUUCGACACACCUUUAAUUUAUAAAAUAUUGAGAAGUUUAAACACAGUGGACCCUCCUACCAAGGGGUGGAGACACCAGGAAGAUCCAGAAAGUUCUGAAACAUCUGUUGGGGAUGAUGUUGAACGGAUAGUCAGGUAUACGAAUGAGAUUGCUCAUACAAUUGUAUGGAAUUGUAAAGUAACAGACAUUGAAUUGACCAAAUGGUUGUCUGCAUUCAAAGAUGUUUCUAAAAGAAUGGAAGUCUAUCUCGGCACAAGUAAUGGUCAUUUCACACACAAAUUGGAGAAUCUGGAAAUGCUUGCUUUGAAUGAUGAUAUGAAGGACUCUAUUUUGAGUACCGUCCGAUGUUUGAAAGAGGACGUUGGUAAAUUAAAGCAGGAGAUUGGCAACAGUAAUAUCAAUGAUGCAAUUGUAGUUCAAAUUGAGGAAUGGGAAAAGAUCGAUGAAAAGUUUGUACCAACAGGUCUUUGUGCAAAAUUGGUUCAUAACUUAAAAGAAAACAAUGUAACAACUGUUUACGGAAUUUCCGGAAUUGGAAAAUCAGCAACAAUACAUCAUGUAGCUUUAUUAUUACGGAAACAAAGCCAAUAUGAAAUCAUUCCAUGUCAUAGUCCUGAGGACAUUGAGAGGAAUUUUAGGAAAAAUGAAAACCAAGUUUUUGUCUUUGACGAUGUGUGUGGCAGAUAUUCAGCCAUACAAAAUGAAGUUAAUUCGUGGUUGAAGUAUGAACCCGUCUUGAAGAGUAUUAUUAGGGAAGGGAACACCAAAAUUAUUGCCUCAUGUCGCACGCAAGUUUUUGAGGAAGAACAGUUUCAGCGAAUAGGUUUUCUUACGGAAUGUUCAAUUGAAUUUACGAACAAUUUAUUAACCAAAAACCAGAAACGGUCAAUAGCUGAAAGGUAUCUGGAUCCAAAUUUGAUACGCGCGAUUGAAAACGUCAUCAACACAAACGAUUUCCUUCCUUUAAUGUGUUCCUUGUAUAGAAAUCAUACAGAAAAAGAUGUUGUUGAGUUUUUUGAAAACACGUUUGAUAUCUACAUGUCUGAAUUUGAAAACAUGAAAGAAGAACCAAACAAACUGAAAUAUUUUGCAAUUCUUCUAAUUGUUCUUUGUAAUGGAGAAUUGUGUUUUCCCGUUAAAGAAAACAAUAUUAGCCAUUUCUAUCAGUGUUUUCCAGUUAAAGGAAACAAUGGUAACAAUGCAGCACGACAUGAUAUAAAUAUACAGAAUCUUCUUGAAGAUUUUGGCAUCUCUGGUGGAGCACACAAAACCGAUAUCUUAAUGCAGCUGGAUUCAUUGGUAGGAACUUUUUUAAAGACAGAAUAUUACCACAACAAAGUUGGAAAAGAGAUGGUUAUUUAUCGACCCAUGCAUGCCAAACUGUUUGACUAUAUGUGUCAUCAUUGUGGCUUACAACAAAAUUUCCAAAAUUUGAUUAUCAAAUAUGCUUGUCGUUCAUUAUUAAAUCAGCAAACCUGCAUAGAGUCACUAGCAGCGAAAUCAGAGGAAAGACCAAUAGUAAUCACUACAGAAAACGAAGAAGAGUUUUUUUGUCGGAUGAUAAGAGACAUUUUAGAGGUAAAGUCAGACGAAGUAUUCAGAAGUUCUCAGAUGCAAUGUCCAGAGUACAGACAAAAACUGAUUAGUUUUCUCAACUGUAAUGCUGAUUUAUUGAAAGCGUCAUUUGACGAUAUUAAAAUCGGAAGAAAGGUUUUGCGUGGGAUUCUCGCGUCGAAUUAUUCAGAUGUAAUUGCAGUUGUUGUAAAUAUAGCAGGUUCUUUAGUUUCUGUAUCGGAUCGGGCCUAUUGUAUUGACAAGUCUGUCAUCGGAAUGCUUAGAAAAACAUCCCGAAACGUAAAUGUAGCUUCUAUUAAAAUUCGAAAACAUCACUAUACACCUCUUGUGUGCGCUUGUUUCCAUGGUCACACUGAAAUCGUGAAAUUACUUUUAUCAGAAGGAACAAGUGUUAACUGCAAUGUGUCUCAUCGAAAAUUGACUCCGCUUUUAGCAGCAAUUAUUGGAAACAACACCGAUGUCGUUGAAAAACUUUUAGAAAAUGAUGACAUCGACGUUAAUUUGUCUGAUAGCAGUCACGUAAGUCCAUUAGUGGUGGCCUGCAAUACUGGUAAUUUUCCUGUGGUAUGUUCACUUGUAGAGAGAGGCGCAGUGUUGGAUGCUAUAGACAAAUGUGGUCAAACAGCCCUCAUGUUUGCUAGUAGACAGGGAUAUUUUGAUAUUGUACAAUUUCUUUGCGAACGCGGUGCUUACAUUAACGCACAAAGUAGAAAACGAUGGACAGCUCUCAUGUUUGCAUGUAAGGGAGGGCAUACAAACAUUGUUGGCUAUUUAAUAGAAAGGGGGUCGUCUGUGGCAGACAUUAAUGUCAAAACACAACUUACUACUGCUACUAAACAGCACAGUAUUGAAUUAUUCAAGUGUCUCUUGGAAAAAGACACAGUUCUUGACCUGAACGAUCUCGACGAAGUCUCCGUUAAAGAACGCUUUGAAAGAGAGAACACGACGACCACUGUAGCGUCCUUAGAUUUAGAAGUACAGCUCUUUAAUGAUGUAGAUGAUACCGAGAAUUUCGAAACUGUAGGCUUACGUCUGGGGGAAGAAAUUGAUUUAAACGUUGAUUCUUAUGCGUAACUCUAUUUGUAGAAAAAAUGCUCUGCCAAAAGAAGCAUCAGUUGACAAUGUGUUUGUAAAUAAGUGAGGGUCAACAGAUAGUUUCAUGUAAAUAAAAAAAAUGCUUUCUUUUUAAUAUCCAAUUUACAAAUAUAUUGUAUACAAUUUUGUUGUCAUCAAGCGUGUUUGAGUACAUAACUUUCGAAUGCUAAAAUCUAUAAUAUAAAAAAGAAAAUGUGAUACGAUUGCCAAUGAGACAAUCUUCCACAAGAGACCAAAAGAACCGAAGAGUAGCUGAUUCUAUCGAGGAGUGCCGAAUGGAACUGUACAAGAAAGAGGCAGAAGAUACCAAAAGAACCGAAGAGUAGCUAAUUCUACCGAGGAUUGCCGAAUGGAACUGUACAAGAAAGAGGCGGAAGAUACAAAAAGAACCGAAGAGUAGCUGAUUCUACCGAGGAUUGCCGAAUGGAACUGUACAAGAAAGAGGCGGGAGAUACCAAAAGGACCGAAGAGAAGCUGAUUCUACCGAGGAUUGCCGAUUUUAACUGUACAAGAAGGAGGCGGGAGAAACUAAAAGGAACAUGCAAAACAAUAAGUCAUUACAAGGCAUCAGUACAAUACAAAAUUGAUACAGAUUUAACUAUCCAUAGUUUGGAUUCUUCUCACAAUUUCAAAUAAUUUAUGGAUUAAAUUACCAUCGAGAUUAGGUCGAAGAAUACAGACAAUGCUCAUAUGUCAUUGUGUUUAACUUCAUGAUCUCCUUCUGGGGUUGUAAGCACAAUUGCCUUCAGAUGUUAACCUCAAUUUCAUCCAAACAUGUAUACUGCACCAUAAUACCUAGAA